GCUGCAGAAGCUGUUUUAAUAAAGCUUUGGCGUUUCGGUCCGGCUGGACGUGCUUUUACGUUUUUGUAAUUUAAUUUAAAUAUAACUUCGCUCGGCGCGAUGUUGCUCGCCGCGUCCUUCGCGCCGCAGAUCGCCGCCAUCAUGGACGUGUUGGCGAAGGCGGCGGUGGCCGAAGUCACGAAGCUGCUGGAGGACGGCAGCGUGCUGCUGCGGCUGGAGAUGAGCCGCAAGGACGGAGAGAUCCUGGAGCUCCGCAGGAGCCUGACGCUGAUGGAGGAGCAGCUGGGCGACGCGCAGGAGGAGGCCGCCGCGAGCCGAGCCGCGGAGGAGGAGGAGCGGCGGCACGCGGCAGCCGCGCGGCGGGUCCUCCGAGCGGGUGACGGUGUGGAUCCUCAGCCUCCCGGACUCGGCCCAGAGGACUCGCCGCUUCCGGUGAAACACGAGCUCGCCGACGAAGUCGCCGCCCAGGAAACCGCCGCCGCCAUCGCAUCGGACGUCUUCUUCCAGGGCGGCGAGCGGGACGACCUGACCCUCGCCUGGCCGCCGCCGGCCUGCUGCAUGUUUGAGAAAGGCCCCGUCGGGGCGCCGCCGCUGUUCCCCCACGGGGCCGAGCGGUAUGCCGCUCACGGAGACGGAGAGGGCCCUUCCGGUGAGCCCUCGCCAACGGCGGCGAAUGACAUCAUCGCGUGCGAUCUGUCGAGAGCGCCGAUAAAAGUGGAGGUCGAUACCCGACCGAUGUGCAUGCGAAGCGCCGCUCCGGAGCCCGUUGGGGACGAAGGGAUCGGACACGCCAGUCAGGACCACGGAUGGUCUUUGGCCCCGCCUCCCGCACAGAGGUCAGCCCUCGCCGCUGAAGACCCGGUCCCCAACCGGAACAACCCGAGGGCGAGAAAGGCUCCGAACUCCUGGAGGACGAACCCGAAGCAGUUUGUGUGCCACCGGGGCUUCGCCCGCCCGGCUCAGCUGGAGGAGCACAAGGCCGACUCCCACCGGCCCUUCAAACCCUUCCGGUGCCUGGAGUGCGGCAAGUCGUUCACCCAGAAGACCCGGCUGAAGACGCACCAGAGCGUGCACACGGGCGAGCGGCCCUUCAGCUGCCGCAUUUGCGGCAAGAUGUUCUCGCGGCAGGACAACUGCCUGCGGCACGAGCGUUUCCACGGCGGCCUGAAGCCCUACGGCUGCGGCCAGUGCGGCAAAAGCUUCACGGUGCUCGGCAACCUCAAGAUCCACCAGGAGAUCCACCUGAAGGGCAGGUAGCCGUGGGCCGCCGCGAGCCGCCGCGCGGCGCCCAGAGGAUACGCGCAACGGGCUUUUAAAAGACUUUUUUACGUGCAGUGAAUGCAACCCACCAACAGGGGGCAGUGGCGGUUAUAUUUCUCAAUGUCUCCAACCUGUUGAUGGUAUCCUGUUCAUAUUCGCCUUAAAGGGUACCUGUUGUGUAGCCAGAUCAAAAGAUAAUGUGUUUCUAAAGGUUAUUCAUGCACUGACGGUCCAGUAUUCAAUAACAAUACGUAGUUUAGGCUGUUCAAAGUCCUCAACUCCGACAUGCGACAUUGCACUGGUGCUUGAAUAUGGCGCCGGUGGUGUGACGUCACAUCGUUGAGAGAUCGACAGCCAGCCACAGCGGAUGUGUUCAGAUACCAAUAUAAACAACGUCGAGCGCUCGCAAACAAAUGCUGAGAACUUGAUAAUAAUAUAGAAAACGGGCGAAAUAUGGACGAUGAAAGAUUGUCUGACUCAGCAACUGGAUACUUGUUUGAACCUUUAAAAGCAGACUAUCCCCAUUUAGUGAAUUGUGACAGCGAUGAUAGCGAUGAUUCUGAUGAAGUUGAUGCCGAAGGACCGCCGGUCCAGAUGCUUCACCGUGCGGACCGUGCACGCAAGUCGGCGGACGUUUGGUGCAGUUGUGGGAAAUGUGUGCCACAGAAAACAGACAUAGAGUGCAUUUGUUGUAAAGAGCACGAAUUUAUGUCCGAUGAUAUCGUGUCAUUAGACCUCAUCUGCUUCACACAAAAGAGUGAGCUUGAUAGCUACAUCGCGCAUAAGCCAGCGCUGGAGAUGUCUUUCAUUGAUGCAAUGUUCGGCCGACAUGUUCGGGGGGCUAGUGACUUUUUCUUUGCUCCGUCCGUCCCGAUGCGCGCAAACCGGUGUCGGGAGCUCCGCGGCGCACGAGACGGCGGGCAGAGGACUGUCAACGCAACACGUAGAGACAGAAAUGACGUGCUGCUGCUGUAAUGUGGCGCUAUAGAGAAAGUGACAGGGGGGCGGGCCAAAUUUUUUUUAUGUCAUGCGAUCUACCAAUACUACGCCGCGAUCGACUGGCAGGUCGCCGCGAUCGACGUAUUGAGCACCCCUGAUAUAGAUUGUGUAAUUCUUGAGGCCACCGAUCUAUCCCAAGAAGCAACGCGUGUAGAAGUGGCUCCGGAUUGGCUGAAUUCCUUUCAACGACUCUACGUCAUAGUGACCUUUGACAUGAGUAAAUAACUGGCAAGAUGUCUGCGCCCUGAAGCGUUCACGGACUCAGAAUGUUGACAAAGAAAUGUAAAGCCUCGGGCUAUGCGUGACUUGUUGACAAUAGCGGCGGGGUAAAUAUGAUUUAUUUGAUGCGCCUAAUGGAUGUAGCACGUUGUUGUUUUUGACUACAGGUACCCUUUAAAGAUGAAUCCACUAUUUUAAUACAAUCUUAAUUAUUAGACUGUAAUGUACAAUUUGGGUAUUUAUUGUAUCUUUAAACUGAACUUAGAGGGUUAGUUCUGCAUCUGUUGGUUUAAAAACAUUAUAAAAUAUCUGUUUUUAUCCAAGCAACAGCCCCUAAAAACAAAAACAAAUGGUAAUAAAUCUAAUUGAAGAGCAAAUUAAUUAAUAUUUUCAUUAUUAUUUUUGGCGAUUAUUUUCACAAUGUUUUCAUUUGGUUGAUUCAGGAUGAUCACAAUUAAAGUCCAAAAUCCUAUUCUUAAAUUGCUUGUUUUGUCUGAUCAAAAGUCCAAAACAUAAAUAUAAAGAGACAUUCUGUUUCCAUGACUCGUGUUAUACAUUAUGUAAUAAUGAGUUAAUGAGUGGUGCUUAUUCGGAGCGUGUGGGAUCAAUAAUCUGCUUUGAGGGAUACACAUCCUCAACUCAGCGGUUUCAGUGCCUUGGGAAUGUAAAUCCAGAUUAUUUCACUUGUUGGUACUUUUGUGACGUUCCUUUGUCUUUCGUGAUGAUCCAUUUAAUAUAUUAAUCACUGAUCACACAGGUGAUGUUUAUUCAACUCGCUGUGGGAGGGAGGAGAGUGUUUAUGCCUAUGCAAUAAUUUAUUGUUUAAAUAUUUUUAAUUUAAAUCUGUCACACACACAUACAGAGGUAGUGCGUAUGUAUGUAUGUAUAUAUAUAUAAAAAGUAUAUUUCUUUAUAUAUAUAUUU